AGUUAUUUGAUGAGUUAUUGGAUAGUUCAUUGGAUGAGUCAUCGAAUGAGUUGCACCCAAUAACUUAUGAUUGUCCCAGUGUAAUUCAAAUCCGUUAUCAAGGAUUCAAAGGAAUACUUUUAUUAGGAAAUCAUCUUAGUGGAAAAGAUAAAGAUUGUGAGUUUCGAAAAUCCAUGAAAAAAUUCAAUUACAAUGGUCCAGAUGACUUUUGUGUUGUGGAUUAUUCUAAACCAUAUACAUUUGGACGACUAAAUACUCAAAUAAUCAUGCUUUUGUCAUCACUUGGUGUCCCAGAUGAUGUAUUUUUAAAAAAACAGCGACAACAUUUUGAAAGAUUGGAUUUAAUGUUUAGUGAUUUGUCUAUCGCGUUUGAAUACCUAUUGACCCAUGGGGAAAUAAACCUCGCUGGUGAACUAAUUGAGAAAGGCAUUACAAGAAGCAUACGUGAUUUCCUAAAUAAAUCAUAUAAACAGGAGAUGGAAACAUCCUUAAAAGAAAAAAAAGGUUCUAGUGAUACCGUUCCAUCUGAAAAAUCAGAAAAAUUACGUAUAAUAGUAAAAGAUUCACGCUUAGUGUUUGCAGCUUCAGAUCCUACUAAAAA